UGCACCGAUGUCUUCAAGUACUACAUUACCAAAGCACCGGAGUUUUAUACCACAACUUACGCUGCCCCGAGCCACUACACUGAUGCCCUGAAGUAUUACUCUGCCCUGAGUUACUACACCAUCUAGGCGACGGAUGACACCACAUGACUACGUAUACUGCCUAUCCUACUACACCGAGGCUUCUUACUGCUACACCGAGGCUCCCGCUGAUUUCUCCACCAAGGCGGUCGAAUGCUAUACCGAAGCGGCAAAGUACUACUCUGCCCCGAUCUACACAACCACAACUGAGGCGGAUAAGUAUUACGGAGGCUGCUCUUUUGUGCUACGUUGAACAGAAUUACUACACUGAUGCUCCAGUCUACUACACCACGACUUACGCUACACCUACCUACAACACCGCAGCCCCCAAGUACUACACCGAAGAAGCCGCCUAUUACACAACUACGUACGCUGCCUCGUUUACUACGUCGACGAAAUUAAGUAUUGCCCUGCUCGAAACUACUACCAAACUUAGGUUCAUAUUUAUUGCAAUUUCCACGACUAUGUCACCACUGCUCCGACCUAUACACCGAAGUUCUUAAGUAUUUCUCUGUAUGUGUUGAAAGAUUACUGAAAUACAAAAUUGAUUGAUA